AUGAAAAUAUUAGCAAGACUUGUUCUGGGCCUUGUUAUCUUGGAUGCUCUUGUGGCUGCCCCAACUCUACCAUCCAUCAACUAUGACUCAGAAACCUACGAUGCCAUGUUGGAAGACCUGGAUAAUUUAUACAACUAUGAAAACAUUCCUAUUGAUCAAGCUGAGAUUGAAAUAGCUACAGUGAUGCCUUCAGGGAACAGAGAGCUCCUCACUCCACCCCCACAACCUGAGGAGGCCCAGGAGGAGGAGUCGGAGGAGGAAUCCACCCCCAGGUUGAUCGAUGGCUUUUCCCCACAGGAGCCAGAAUUCACGGGGGUUCUGGGCCCCCACACCAACGAAGACUUUCCAACCUGCCUUUUGUGUACUUGUAUAAGUACCACCGUAUACUGCGAUGACCAUGAACUUGACGCCAUUCCUCCAUUGCCCAAGAACACUGCUUAUUUCUAUUCCCGGUUUAACAGAAUCAAAAAGAUCAACAGAAAUGACUUUGCAAGCUUAAAUGAUUUAAGAAGGAUUGAUCUGACAUCAAAUUUAAUAUCUGAGAUUGAUGAAGACGCAUUCCGAAAGCUGCCUCAACUUCGGGAGCUUGUUCUACGUGACAACAAGAUAAGGCAGCUCCCAGAAUUGCCCACCACCUUGACAUUUAUUGAUAUUAGCAACAACAGACUUGGAAGGAAAGGGAUAAAGCAAGAGGCAUUUAAAGAUAUGUACGAUCUCCAUCAUCUAUACCUCACCGAUAACAACUUGGACCACAUUCCUCUGCCACUCCCAGAAAACCUCCGGGCCCUUCACCUGCAGAAUAACAACAUUCUGGAGAUGCAUGAAGAUACUUUCUGCAAUGUUAAAAAUUUCACUUAUAUUCGUAAGGCACUAGAGGACAUUCGAUUGGAUGGAAACCCUAUCAAUCUCAGCAAAACUCCUCAAGCAUACAUGUGCCUGCCUCGCUUGCCUAUUGGGAGCCUUGUCUAAUUUCAGAUAAUGUUCAGCAUUCUGAGGCCUCCCACAGCAAAACAAAUCUUACUGCUUUCUUCAAAAACAAAACUCAGUAAGAUACUUUCAAAAAAUUGUCUGAAAGAUUAUGUGAUUACCAAAAAUACAACUAUUAUGGUGAAAAUGUAGUUAUUUAAGAAAACACUAGAUGAGUUAGGAAUAAACCUAAAAGUUGUACAUAGAGUAAGACUAAGUGAUACAAAAUCUUUCACAGAUACACUUAUAAAUCACAUAAUAGCUUGCAAAUUUUAGAGGUUCAUAUCCUAUACAAUUUUGAAUUAAGUAAGUAAUAAAGAAGAAUUUAAAAAUAAACAGUUAGCUAUUUUGUCAAGGUUUAGAUAUUUUUAAUUGAACCUUUGUAUUUUUUUCAUGAAAGCAUGUUUUUUGCCCUAAUUCAUUAAAGCAUGAAGAAUAAAUGUAUUUGAAAAUUA